AUUUAAUCAAAGCUCUGCUCUGGGAGUAAAAGAAUCCAAAUUCUCUCCAGACAAGAAUUCCAACUUUUAAGUAGCUCAUGAAAGAGAGGAAAAAAAUGAGAUGAAAACUCUAAUAUUUUUUGGUGGGUUAUUUGAAAUAAUGAUGGAUACAGAAGCUAGGACUACACAGGACUCAAAAUUCACAAAUUUCACCUCAAACCUGUAUAUUUUAGAGAACACAUUCCAUCUCCUGAACAAGAAGGAUCCUUGCUCACAUGAAAUUUCACAGUGUGAAAAUCUGGCUCUCUUGUUUUUUCCUCCAAAUCGUGAGGGUUUAUUCAUAAAGGAGAAGCCUUGUCUGCCUGCAGCCACGGAGAGCAGGUUCAGCCCAUGGCCUCACAUUUAGCGCUGCUUUUCCACGUCAUGUGCAGGCCUGCUCCUCAGCACCUGCUUUUUGGGCAUAGCUUUGGAUGCUGUGAGGGCUUUUUCAGUGUCCAGGAGGACAAAUGUCACCUUUGAGGUAAUUUUUUACCACAGCAAGUGUUUGCUACCAAUUUUUUGGCGCCUCGUUUUCUGAGGGGGAGAGCCUUGGAGUUUGGAUGACAGGUCAGAGUCCUUGAGUUCCCUUCUCCUCCAAAACCUCUUUUCCAAGGAAAGGAGCAUAGGAAUAGCUGCAUGGCCUCUCAAAAAGCCUUUUCUUUCAAUCCAUCUUAUAAAAAAUACAAGGGGAUGUGGUGUUUCCAUUGCUUGCUCCCUGUAAUAUCCUGUGAGAGACCAGUGAGAGCAGUGGCUGGGCCUGACUCAGCCUUGCCUGGUUAAACUCAUUCCUUUGCUUCCCUCAGCAGCUCCCAAAAGCCUUUCAUGCCUUUUCCAACGGGAAAUUUGAUUUCACUGUGUCUCUGAUAUAAUCCCUAAAGGAUAACCCUCCAGGUGGCUCAUGGAACACCUAAAGAACAUCCCAUACUAGAAGAACAAAGCAUUCCAACCAGUUAAGCUGUGGAAUGGGAUGCAGGAGGAGGAAGACCCCAAAAGAAAGGAUGGGUUGUGAUGAAAUGUGGAUCCAGCCACUCCAGGUGAAUCAAGGCAGUUAGAAUAAUGUGAUUUCCAGCUGGGUAAGAGCCUGUUAGUGCAAAGAACUGCAAAGGAAGUGCUUCUCAGGAGGUGCAGUGAAAGACACACAAGUUGUGUCUAAAUGUUACAGAAGAAGCUUCUGAGGAAGGAUGCCUUUGUGGCAUUCCAUGUCGACAAGGUGCUGGUGAGCAAGUACUUGAAGCCACUGCAGAUUGGGGAGCUGGCACCAGACCAACCCAGCAUUGAGCCCACUAAAAAUGAAAUGCUGGUGAAAGAUUUCCGGGAAUUGCGCGCUACAGUUGAGAGAAUGGGACUGCUGAAGCCAAACCAACUCUUCUUCUUCCUGCUCCUGGCUCACAUCCUGCUCUUGGAUACAGCUGCCUGGCUCAUCCUCUUCUACUUUGGGACAUCCUUACUGCCCUUCAUUUUCUCCCUGUUGCUGCUGACCAUUUCCCAGGUCCAGGCUUCCUGGUUACAGCAUGAUUUAGGACACCUCUCAGUAUUCAGGAAAACCAAGUGGAACCACUUGCUACACAAGUUUGUGAUGUGCCAUUUGAUUGGGGCCUCGGCCAAGUGGUGGACUCUCCUGCACUCCCAGCACCAUGCCAAACCCAACUGCUUCCACAAGGACCCUGACAUUGAUAUGCACCCUUUCCUCUUCACUUUGGGGAAGAAAUUCUCUGUGGAGCUUGGGAUCAAAAAGAAAAAAUACAUGCCCUACAACCACCAACACAAAUACUUCUUCAUCACUCUACCUCCCCUCCUGUUCCCCACCUACUUCCACUGCCACACAUUCUACAUUGCCUACACAAAGAAGUACUGGGUGGACUUGGCCUGGAUGCUGACCUUCUACAUCAGAUUCUUUUAUACUUAUGGAUCUUUAUUAGAAACAAAAAGUCUCCUGGCAUAUUAUUUUAUAUUCAGGAUGCUGGAGAGCAGCUGGUUUGUCUGGGUCUCACAGAUGAACCACAUCCCAAUGGAUAUUGACUACGACAAGAAUUUGGACUGGGUGUCUACUCAGCUCCAAGCAACCUGCAAUGUGGAGCAGUCACUCUUCAAUGACUGGUUCACAGGGCACCUCAAUUUCCAGAUUGAGCAUCACCUGUUCCCCUCCAUGCCACGACACAACUACUGGAAGGUGGCCCCUCUGGUGAAGUCCCUGUGUGCCAAGCAUGGCAUUGAGUACCAGUGCAAGCCUCUGCUCACAGCCUUCGCAGACAUCGUGCAGUCCCUGAAAACCUCGGGAGAGCUCUGGCACGAUGCCUACCUGCACAAAUAAAGGACAAACCUUGGUGCUACCAUUCAGAGCCUGCCACAGCUGCAUUCCCAGCAAGCUGAGGGGCAGGGAUCACAAGGGACUCUCUGGCAGAACUAAGUGAGUAAGGACUGAGGGAUAAAAUUCCAGUAGAGAUGAAGCUGCCUGAAUUUUUCUUCUGGUUUUUCCUAGGGUUAUGGUUCAGAUAUGUUAAGAGUGGGCAGGGCAAGCAGAAGGUGAAUUGUUAGGAGAGGAAGGAGCUCUUUGCUGACUGAGUCUGAGCAUUUCUGAGCCUGGGCACAGGCUCAAGUCAGAUCAUGGACUGGUGGAGCUGCACACACUUAACUUCAUGUCAGAGGCCGCUGAUCAUGGUGGGGUUUUUUUGUUUGGUUGGUUUGUUUUUUUUUUUUUUUUUUUGUUUUGUUUUGUUUUCCUCAUGUGGAGGGUUUAAUGCUUGAUACAGCAUUUGCUUACUUGAAUUUGAAAUUGUCAAGGAUUUUGGAUUAACAUGGUGUUCCAGCAAUGUGUUUAAAGUACAAUAAAUUAGGAUAAACUACAAACAACACUUAGACUGUAGCAAGUGCACAUGCAGUGAAUAAAAAUAUAAAUGUGUUUCCA